AUGUUCGCCAGAUCAGCUUUUCGCGCGGCUCAGCCGCUGAAGCGGAAUCUCCUCUCGCGCACAUAUGCCACCGAGCCCGCCAAGAGCGGUUCUUCUAACACCCUCCUCUACACAUUGGGCGCUGCUGGUGCCGCAGGUGCCGGCUACUGGUACUACUCGGGGCAGAGCGCCGGUUCGGCCGUGGCCAAGGCUAAGGAUGUCGCAAGCGGGCCGCCCAAGAAGGCUUUCCUCGGCGGCGACCAGGGCUUUAUUUCCCUGCUGCUGAAGGACGUUCAGAUCAUCAACCACAACACUAAGAAAUUCAUCUUCAAACUGCCUGAAGACGACCAGGUCUCGGGUAUGGUAGUGGCUAGCGCCCUGCUUACGAAGUACCAGCAAGAAGGACAGAAGCCUGUCGUACGGCCAUACACUCCUACGAGCGAUGAGGAUGACAAGGGCUACAUCGAGCUAAUCGUGAAGAAGUACCCCAACGGCCCCAUGUCAACGCACAUGCACGACAUGGUGCCCGGGCAGCGCCUGGAUUUCAAGGGCCCGCUACCCAAGUACCCGUGGACCCCGAAUAAGCACGAUCACAUCGCGCUAGUCGCCGGUGGCACGGGCAUUACACCUAUGUACCAGUUAGCCCGCGCUAUCUUCAAGAACCCUGACGACAAGACCAAGGUCACGCUCAUCUUUGGCAACGUCUCCGAGGAGGACAUAUUGCUCAAGCACGAGUUCGCCGAGCUCGAGAACACGUAUCCCAACCGCUUCCGCGCUUUCUACGUCCUGGAUAACCCUCCUAAAGAAUGGGUUGGCGGUAAGGGAUUCAUCACCAAGGAUCUCCUGAAGACUGUCCUACCUGAGCCUAAGAGCGAGAACAUCAAGGUGUUCGUGUGCGGUCCUCCGGGUCUAUACAAGGCUGUUUCCGGUACGAAGGUCAGCCCGACGGAUCAGGGCGAGCUGUCUGGUAUCCUCAAGGAGCUGGGUUACUCCAAGGACCAGGUUUACAAGUUCUAA